AACUAGAAAGCUUCACGAGUAGUCUAGUCCGGUCUACGCAUCUGCUUUUACCAUAUGCAGAAAUUAAUAAACGUGUAAUGUAUUUUAGUACCUAAAGGGAUUGUAUCAGUAAGAUUAUUUAGGUAAUAUACUGUUUACAUUGUCCUUAGAAAGACGAUCGUGAUCCAGCUUUGUUACAUUCAACAAGUGUCUGUCUUGUUGCCAGUACUGUAUCAGUAUAUAAAAAAAAAACAUUUCGUGGAAUACGCACUAGUGUUUUCGUACAUCUAUCACAGUAUUAAUAAUGCACGGCAUGAUGUAUGGACACUCGGACACUAGGGACAAUCCUAGCAGGCACAGAAGCUAUCGAAGACAUACUAGCAGUGAAAACAAUAGGCAGUCCUUCUACCGUCGGUUCGUCACUUUCCUAAGGGAGACUUGGUCAGGGAUAAAGAUGGGAAUCGGUAGUGAAUUUGAUGACCUUGAUGGCCACUCUGCGCGCUACACUCCAGAAGCUCUUGAUACACUGUGCCAGAUAACCAAGUUUAACAGACGCGAACUUCAGUUAAUGUAUAGAGGUUUUAAACAGGAAUGCCCAACUGGUAUGGUGAAAGAAGACACGUUUAAAGGAAUCUACGCACAGUUCUUCCCAAAAGGAUCAGAAACUAGUCAGUAUGCCCAUUAUGUCUUCAACAGCUUUGAUCAGGAUCAUACGGGAUCAAUAACUUUCACGGAUUUUGUCAUGGGACUUUCAGUCUUAGCCCGAGGAUCUCUUCAGGAAAAGCUCCGUUGGACAUUCAAUCUGUAUGAUAUUAAUGGAGACGGGUACAUUACCAAAGACGAAAUGUGCAGAAUUGUAGCUGCAGUUUAUGAUCUGAUGGGAAAAGCUGUCGAGCCUCUUACAGACGACCUAACCACCAGAGAACGGGCUGAGCAAGUAUUUCAGAAACUGGACCUGAACAAAGAUGGCAUUGUAACAUUUGACGAAUUUUUAGACUCCUGUACUCAGGAUGAAAAUAUUACAAAAUCCAUGAGCGUUUUCAAUACAACUCUGUGAUGUUAGUGGGAAGACUUAAAUGCCAACACGUAUCAAGUAAAGUAUAAAAGAAAAGACUCCAAAAGCGUGAACUUAUCAUUUGCCUUAUUGAAAAAGCUACUUUUGAUGCUGUUGACCUUUGUGCCACCUCUCAAACUGCAACAACGUCCCCAUCGUGAUAGACUGGGAUUAUUUCCUGAAAUUUUCCUUUAGAUGUAUUGUUUGCCGAUACUUUUCUAUUGAUCCACCUCCCAAGUGCCAAGCAAUGGGCACCUUUUCAGUGUUGUGACUCAUUCAUUGUACACCAUAUUUUCUACUGUAUGACGUCACUUCCGGUGGCUGGUGAAUAACAGUCAUUCGAACACAUGAGCUCAAGAACGAGAGUGAUUAUCUUCGUUGAGGUGUAGCAAAGUAAACCAACAUAUAUCUGUCGAAGAAAACGUGCUUCAAAAAUGAAUGAAAUGUAUUGGAAACCUUCUAGAAGGAGCGAGCUCAAUGUUUAAAGUUUUUGAUCUUCCAAGACCUUCACAUUAUUUUAUGUGAAAAUAAAAUAAAACUUAUCUAACAAUUUCAAUUUGUUAAGCUAGAUUUCUCUGAAGGAUUUCUUCUUUGGAAUCUUCUUUACGGUUUAAAUCUUAAACAAUUUCAACAUCAGUUUCUUGUAAAUGUGUAAUGUGAACUAAGAUGUUCUAGAAGAAUUUUUUCAUUAAAAAAUAAGAAGAAGAAAAUUAUUAUUUCUGUGAAUAUAUCUACUUUCAAGUAGUAGGACUCGAAUAAGUUUUAACAGAGUCUUCAGUAAGUUCAAUCUUUUUCCCACAAACUGGUAAUUUUUAGAAAUAUUUUACCGACAGGCAUAUACUUUCUUUGAACUCAAAAGGUACAUGUAGUUUAAUCUUUCUCUAUAAAUGUUUACUGAUGAAAACAAGUUACCAGAAGUUUGAUGGUUAGAGUAUUUAAUGAUAAUGUAGAUAAAUAUCGAAUUUUGUCUAUCUCAUACCAAUAAGCACAAAAUUGGAAAAUCUGUUAGCUAUGACCUUAAGAGCAUAGCCAAGUUACUUAAAACCUCAAACAUAUCUACUAGUCAGUUAGUGUAUUUUGUGUGUGUGUGCACGCACAAUUAAUAACAUGAUAAUUCAUACUCUAACUGUAAUUAUAUUACUUAAUAUACUAUUUUAUGUAUGCUUGUAAUCUAGUAACUCAGUUGUGCAGCGGACAGCAUAGAUGAUGUCUAGUUGUACGACACGUUGUAUGUUGACAUGAUCAUAGGGUAGUCUUUCAGGAUAGCUGUUAUAAAUGAAGAACUAGAUAAAACAACAUUCGAUGGGUUGAUAGUUUCCUGAUUCUAAGUUAAAGGUAAAGCAUUGGUUCAAUGCGAAAUGAUUAGUUUUAAUUUUGGUAAAGAGAAAUGUUGGUAUAACGUAUGUUAUUCGGGAAUCAACAACCUCACUGGUCUAAGAUGUGCAAUAAUUCACAUCUUUAGGCAGAUGAUGUUCUGGUGGUGCUAUAGACCAUUGUUUCUCAAACUGGAAGCCUCACCCACAAGAGGGAUGGCUACGUAACGUAACCUGUGAGCCUAUAAGUAGUUUAAAGAAAAAAGUUCCCUCAAAAAUUAUUUACAGAAAUGAAUAACGCGACCGUACUAAAACAAUAUAGUCAACACUGGUAUAUCCGACUACAAAAAUGUUGAAGGAGGGGAAACUGGAUGCGAAGGGUUCCGCGGACAGAAAAGUUUGAUAAUCACUUAUAUAGACAAUACCAAGGUGAGAAUCGGCUAGAAAAACACUAGACAAGAUUACGGUGUGGUACAAGAAGAGAAACCUUUUGUUAAGAUGUAAGACAUCUAUAGACAUGAUAAUCCUUGUUUAGUCAUAAAACAAUCCGGGCAACGCUACGCAAGAUAAUCAAUGUCUAGGGAUGAAGCAGGAAAAGAGAAACCGUACAUAUAGUUUAGGUGUAGAUCAGGUAAAGUAACGCAAGAUAACAAUUGCUCAGAAGUGAAACAGGAAGAGAGAAACCAUGGAUAAGGUAUAUAUGUAAACAGUUUAGUGUUACUUAGGUAGAGCAACGCUAAACAUGAUUCGAAGCGGGCACACAAGUGCUAAAAAUUACAUUUUGUGUAGGUGUAAAUAUAAUAUUUAGAGAAACGAUAGACAAAAUAAUUAAUGUCUAGGUAUAAAUAAAAUAUUUAGAGAAACAAUGGGCAAUAUAUUUAAUGUCUAGGUGUGAAUAAUGCAUCUAGAGAAACAAUGGACAAAUAAUUAAUUUCUAGGUUCGAAACGGAGAAUUCGUAGUCAAGAUGGCCACUGUCUAGGUGCGAAUCAGGUAAAGGUAAUAUUAAAGGAGAUUUAUUUUGUUUAGGUACGAAAUAGGUGUUAAUAUAAAAACAUCAGACAAGAUCAUUAUAUUCUAGGUGUGACACAGUUAGGGAGAAUGUAAACAAGAUAAUUUAUCCAAGUGUAAUGUGAGAUAGGCCUAAGCGUGAAUUAGGUAUCACAGAAACGUUACAAUAUUACUGGUGUGUGGAUUUGAAAUGGGUGAAGAAAUGCUAGACAAGAUAGCUUCUGUAGGUGUGAAACAGGCAUGGAAACAAGAGACAAGAUAAAUAUUGUCUAGGUGUGAACCAGGUUACACAAUUACUAAAUGUGAAAUAGGCAAUACAGUAAGUUUAGAUUCGGUCUCAUAAUUAUUUGAUAAAGUAAUUGGUGUCUAGUAACAGUAUAGGUACACUAGUUUACAGUUUUCCAGUUCUCUUAAAUAGGCUGUUUAGGUCAUCGCCUACUUCAAAGUUCUAGUGCGGUAGUAAUAAAAUAAAUGUAUAAUUAUACCUGGUACCAUAGCAGUUCAGAUGGACCGUAUGCCGUUGUUAGGUGUAGUAAAUUAUCGGACUGUAAUAUCUUGACUUAUGAAUACAAUAUUUAGGAAUGAGUUAUGACCAGAGGUAGCAACUUUAGGAUUGCAAAAACAAGGAUGUGAUAAAUAUUACAAAUAUGUGAGGUAAAACGUAAUAAUACAAGCUUUCUAAACUUGUAUAAUAAUAUGCAAAUUGAGCUGCAGUUCUUAAAAUAAGCGAACACAUGCAAACUACAAAUAGAAAGUAAGUCAAUUGACAAAGAAUCAAAAUAUAACAAGUAUAAUCUGAAUAUUACACUACAAAAACGUUUAGGCUAAUAUGAUGCGAAAUCUUAUUUGUUUGUAUCGAAUUUUGGUCGAAGCAUUCCACGAUCAAAUGAAGUUCCAAGUCUACCACUAGCGUUGUUUUCUUUUGUUUGUUUUUCUAAAGCAUUUGGUAGGAUAGUUCAUAAAACUGUAGUAUUUUACAUUGUGGUGUAGAAUUUAUUUUUAAGUGAUACAAUGCAGGUUAUUAUAAAAAAAAUGCGUUCCUCCUUUCAAGUUAGAAUUUACAUAUCAGGCGUUAAGGUGGCAUUUUAGAUAAUAUAACGUCAACUGCGUGCCGGCACAGUUUUUGUUUUAUCUGUCACGAAAUUAUACCACAGGAGAAGGCAAGACUUCGAUAUGGAAUAAUAUUUAUUUAUUUUAAAUUCUGCAUGUUUUUGCCAUGCUGUGCUUAAUGAACUCGUCGAGUGCAUAAAAAAUGUAGUUGUUUGUAAAGAUGGUUAAAGUGAUUUUUUUAAAUGCAAUUUCCCAAAAUGAAAAAUUUCAUUAAAUAUU